AUGGCAACUCUGCAAGGGACAGGAAUUCCUAGGGUCAAGCUAGAACCCGCGCCCGACCAGAAUAUCAAGCUAGAACCCACGGACGACACGCCGUCACCUUUCGUAGACGAAGAUGAUGACAUGUAUGAGGAUGCGGGGGACCUCGAUUUUUCACAGGCACAGCAACAACUAUGGCUCAGUCACAUUCCAAAAACCUUAUGGGAGACACUCUCAAAGCUGCAAGAUGACGACGAGAUUGAAAUUGGCAAAAUCAGGGUAGAAGGCGCAGAGUCUAAUCCCUCAAGGGUCAGCUUACUGUUAUACCCGCUGCCAGCUUUCGAGAACGAGCCCAAAGAGUACAACCUCUUCACCGCGCCGCGUGAAAAGCUGCGGUCACGAAGACCCGGCCAGGCAUUAGUCUUUUCGGAGAAAGACCUCCCUGGAUACAAGCCCCGCACAUUCGCAUGGGACGACGUUGACGAAGAAGGCAACCCAGGACAAGGCCGCUCAUUUCUCCACGAAAGACACAAGCGCGAACAAAAGAAGAAAGAAAACAAGGGCCGAUUCGUGCCAUACACUCGACGGCCUAUACCGAAACAGACCGCUAUCACGGGUACGAUUGCGAAGGAGUUCGAAGCAGUGCCAGUCAAGAACGAUGAAUACUUUGUGCUCGAGAACAAGCAGGCGGCCGAGCUCCUCAAGGUGCCUGAGCGAGAACAAGCCAUCUUUGCUACCGGUGACUACGACCCGGAAAAGACCAACCGAUUGAUCACGACUGCGAGAGAACGACAAGCUGCGAUCAAGACCGCUAUAAGUAAGAAAAACACGAUAAAGGAUAAUCGUGCGGCGCGUGUGGAAAAGCAUUUCCUUAUCGACAAGCUCUUGGAUCUCUUCCGUCAACAUCGCAUCUGGGGUCUGCGCGACCUCAAAGCCAAAGUCAACCAACCGGAAGCGUAUCUUCGCGAAACACUCUCGGAGAUCGCAUUCAUGUGGAAAUCCGGCGACUUCAACGGCAAGUGGGAGUUGAAGCAGGAAUUUAAGCAGCAGGACACCACUUUGCUGAACCCAACGGGUGUGGACGUUGCGCCAAAAGUGGAGGAUUCGGAUAUGGACACCAAGUCCGGUGUGGACGACGACGACGACGACGAUGUCUUUGAGGACGUUGGAGUCGACGGUUAG